UUGGAAACGCACCCCCUCCCUAUGCUCCUAUCAUAGCGCAUUGCUCGCGUUUUAAUGCCACGCCGACGCCGCCUUCCUCGACCCGGCGCACUCGCGGAUCUAUCCCCUACCCGCAUCCUCUCGCAGAUUGUCCUCCUGCAACUCGCAUACUAUGCAUGCGCCGGCGUCCUUAUUCUGUUUACUGCGCUAGUGGCGGGCAAGGAGGUUAGCCUCGAUCUCUUGUUCAACUGGCAGAGUCUGAGCGGUGACACGGCGGUUGGAUGGACACUGGGGCUGGUUUGGGUGUUGAACAGCCUCACUUGUGCCAUCUUCAUAUUGCUUCUUAUCGCCCGCUCGAAGCUCGUCUUGGACUUUACCCUUACGGUACACUUUAUUCACCUGGUAGUCACCUCCUUAUACACGCAUGCGAUACCCGCGAACCUCUUCUGGUGGGCGCUCCAAAUAUGCAGCGCGACUAUCAUGACAUCACUUGGAGUUUGGGCGUGUCAGUGGAGGGAACUGAGACCUAUCAACUUUGGGAGCAAGACACCAGCGCGGGCGCAGCCGGUGGCAGAGGACGAGGAAGGGGGCGAGUCUAGGGGGAGAGGAAGGGGUAGAGGGAGAGAUGGCGCAGGGGAAUACGAAAUGGUUGGCAUGAACGAAGGCGACAACAGCGUCUGAUGGGCCUCCAUAUUUUGCAUACGAGGCGUUUGGGUUGGACGGAAUUGGAUAUAGCGAUUGGCAUUCAAGUAAGCAGCAUUUUAAUAUACCCGCCGAGAUCAUAGAACAUUACACAUUAGCAUCUGCAUGUUACAUGUACC